CAGUAUGAUUUCCUUCUCCCCUUCAACGCAUAGAAAGCUAAUUAACCUUCCCCAUCUCUUCUUCCGCCCAAUAUCAAAAUGGCUAAAAUGCCUCAUUUAGCCAGUUUCAUGACUUCAACAAUGUUCCUAUUUUGCUCCCUUAGUAUCACUAUCCUAAAUACCACAAAUGCUGACGUUGGUGUUUGCUAUGGAAUGCUUGGAGAUAACUUACCAUCCAAGCAAGAAGUCAUAGCUCUCUACAACCAAAACAACAUCCAAAGAAUGAGACUGUACGUUCGGGCGGUUGUUGUUUUGGGGGCCUUGGUUGCUUCCACCUUGGGGUUUUUGUUUGGGUUUGCCACGGAGGUUCUGGAACGCAUUGCCAACAGCCAAGCCGAGGCUGACGCCUGGGUCCAAAAUAACAUCAAAAACUACCCCAACGUCAAGAUUCGCUACAUUGCAGUAGGGAACGAGAUUAACCCUGGGGAUUCUGCUGCACAGUUCCUAGUCCCCGCCAUGGAGAAAAUCCAAAGUUCCCUUUCUACGGCAGGGCUUGGAAUCAAAGUUUCCUCCGCCAUCCACACAGGUACCCUGGGAGAAUCAUACCCUCCAUCCAAGGGCAGUUUCAAUCGUGAAUUUAAACCAAUUCUCGAUCCGUUGAUCCAGUUUUUAGUGAACAACAAUUCUCCUUUGCUUGUUAACGUCUACCCUUACUUCAGCUACACUCAAAACAUGGAUCAAAUCAGCCUUGACUACGCUCUCUUCACCGCAUCAGGACCGGUCGUGUUCGAUGACCAGCUACAUCAUCUCCAUCUCUAUCUCCGAUUCCUUCUCCAUCGCCUCUCAUCUCCAUCCACUCCUCCGAAUCCUUCGAUUCCACUGCAAUUCAUCUUCUCCGUCGACAGAGCCAACUUAGCAAACGUGAGGUCUCAAGAGGUCUCUUUCAAUGAUGAGGUUGCUGUUGCUUUUGAGAAGAAGAUAGUUUCCUUCAUAGUGGAGAAUGCUGUGAAGAAUGAGUUGAACAAGGCAUACAGCAAAAAGGCCAAAAAAACAAGACAUUCUGCAGAUUUAGCCUUAGCUUGUUUGUGGCUUUUUCUUUUUCAUGUUUUUUGGGUUUAUUAUGACAAAAUGUGACUUGUAAGCUCACAUACAAAAUUUUGUAUUGUACAAUGUAAAUUGGUUAUAUGCAAUAAAGUUGGCAAUUGCCCUUUUAUGUACAAAAUAAAUUUCCAGUACAAUU